AUGUUUCUCGGCCGGUCCGACACGGUUAGCCGUGGUAGCGCAGCCCUACCUCACGCAUAUGAACCCCCUUCCGCGGUACACUCUGCGGCGCUUGCCCGACCAGACCUCGAAAAGUUGGGCCGAUCUUCAACAAGCCAGCUGCGCACGUUGUCCAAGCUUGCUCAAUCUGAAUCUGCUGACGAAUUCGCAAUCACAACACCCGCGCAAGAAGUGGUGGGCCUGAAGGGCCGCCGCAGGUUGCAGAGAGCAGACAAACCUAACACAAGCCGCGCUGGCCAGCGCACAGGCGGGUAUGGAUGGGAGGGGCGGAACUGGAUGGACAAGCAGCGCCAGUUUCUCCAGGCCUAUGAAUACCUCUGCCAUAUUGGUGAAGCAAAGGAAUGGAUUGAGGAUGUCAUUCACAGGGCGAUUCCUCCCAUUGUCGAGCUAGAGGAGGCCCUUCGCGAUGGAGUCACCCUCGCGGAGGUGGUUGAGGCUCUCAACCCUGACAGAAGAUUCCGUAUUUUCCGGCAUCAAAAACUGCAAUUUCGACACUCGGACAACAUCGCCAUCUUCUUCAGAUAUCUGGACGAAGUCGAACUCCCAGACCUCUUCAGAUUCGAGCUGAUCGACUUGUAUGAGAAGAAGAACAUACCCAAAGUCAUAUACUGCAUCCACGCUUUGAGUUGGCUUCUCUUCAGAAAGGGCAUAGUCGACUUCCGCAUCGGUAACCUUGUCGGACAGCUUGAAUUCGAGCACCAUGAACUCGAGGCCAUGCAAAAGGGUCUUGAUAAACUCGGGGUUAGCAUGCCCAGCUUCGGCAACAUGGGAGCAGACUUUGGUGUCGAGCCCGCGACCCCUGAGCCCGAGGAGACCGAGGAAGAGAGGAUCGAUCGCGAACUGGGCGAGAACGAGGGGUCAAUCGUUGAGCUUCAGGCACAGGUUCGUGGAGCUGUAGUACGGAUGCGCCUGGGCGACACUAUGCAGCAGCUCUGGGGCGUUGAAGGGUCGCUCAUCGAUCUGCAAUCUCGCAUCCGAGCCGAUUUUACCCGUCAAGUCAUUGGCUACCGGCUUCAGAUGAGACGUUUUGCGGUCGACCUGCAAAGUCUCGCUCGCGGAUUCCUCGUUCGAAACAAAAUGGCCAACAAGGAACGCUUGUGGAAGAGGCUGGAGCCCGAUAUCCUGCAGCUCCAGAGUAUCGUUAGGGCCAAGAAGGUCCGCGAUGAGGUACGAGACAAGAGAUCUCAGUUGGCCCGUCAUGCAGGACCUGUGCGCAAGAUUCAAGCAGCACUUAGGGGGUUCUUGGUCCGAAAGGAGCUCGUCACUCAACACCAGGAAACGGUCCAAACAUCUGGAGAAGUUCAAAGUCUCCAGGCCGCUGUCCGUGGAAUGCUGUUGAGAGGACGCGUUGCUGAUGACCUUGAGCUCCUGGGAAGACAGGCCAAUAGCAUAAUCAGCCUCCAGGCUGCUGCCAGGGCACUGCUGACUAGAGAUCAGAUUUCGCGAGAGCAAGGGCAUCUCCAAGGCUCUGCGCCGCAAUGGACUGCCCUUCAAGCAGUGAUUCGAGGCAUGUCGCUUCGUACCGAAGUCGAUGCCAUCAGGGCGGAACUCAGCCUACACAUACCCGAGGUCGAGAGUCUUCAAGCAGCAAUCAGAGGCCAGUCGCUUCGCACCGAGGUUGCAGCAACGACAGCGGAACUCAGCCAGCACAUCUCCGAAAUCGAGAACCUUCAAGCAACGGUCCGAGGUAACUCAGUCCGCCUUGAAGUCACUGCGACAAAGGCAGAGCUCGCCAAGUAUGUCACUGAGGUCGAGAGCCUUCAAGCACACAUCAGAGCCGCCGCCGUCCGACGAGAUGUCGCCGAGAUCCUCGAUGACUUAAGUAGCCACGAGGCAAUUUACGUUGAUCUUCAGUCUCUUAUCCGAGGAAUGAUUGAGCGACGUCGUAUUGCUUCGGAACAAGACGCCUUGUCUCGUGCCGAACCCAAGAUCAUCAAACUCCAGGCGCGCAUACGGGGUUACCAGCAUCGCCAGCAACAUGGUGAGCUUCUCGAGGAGCUCGAAUCCCACACCCCAGCAAUCCAGCAGCUUCAAGGACUUGCACGCGCCAUGAUGGUCAGAGGAGAUGUUUUCAACCUCAUCUCGGAUCUCGAAGAGGAGGAGGCCGCGAUCGUCGAGAUGCAAGCUGCCGCCAAAGCCUUUGUCGUGCGAGCCAAGUUUGAAGAGAAGAAACGAUUCUUCAACGAAAAUAUGCAGAAGGUCGUCAAGAUUCAAAGCCUCGUUCGCGCCAAGAUUCAAGGAGACGCGUACAAGAGUCUCACCCAUGGCAAGGAUCCGCCAGUCAACGCCGUCAAGAACUUUGUCCAUCUUCUGAACGACAGCGACUUCGACUUCAACGAGGAGAUUGAGUUUGAGAGAAUGCGGAAGACGGUGGUUCAGCAAGUUCGCCAAAACGAAAUGCUGGAGCAAUACAUCGACCAGCUAGACAUCAAGAUUGCCCUCCUCGUCAAAAACAAGAUCACCCUGGACGAGGUUGUCAGGCACCAGAGCAAUUACGGUGGACACUCUAUCGGUCUCCUGGCGAACUCGUCAAUUUCGUCCACCAACCAUUUCGACUUGAAGGCUUUGAACAAGAGCUCAAGGAAGAAACUGGAAUCUUACCAGCAGCUCUUCUUCAACCUUCAGACACAACCCCAAUACCUCGCACGCCUCUUCAAGCGCAUCCGUGAACAAGGCACCCCCGAGAAGGAAUGCAAGCGAAUUGAGCACCUUAUGAUGGGUCUGUUCGGGUACGCUCAGAAACGCCGCGAGGAGUACUACCUCCUCAAGCUCCUCGCCCGGUCCAUGCGAGAGGAAGUUGAGUGCAGCAGGAACUUGCAGGAUUACCUGCGGGGCAACUUCUUCUGGACCAAGCUUCUCGCCAACUACACACGAUCCCCUCGUGACCGGAAGUACCUCCGAGAGCUUCUUGGUCCGAUCGUGCGGGACAACAUCGUAGAGGACCCGGCUCUUGAUCUUGAAAGCGACCCUCUGCAGAUCUACAGGGCAGCUAUCAACAAUGAAGAGCUGCGGACCGGUCGUCCCAGUCGGCGCCCCUUGGAUGUUCCUAGAGAGAUGGCCAUCAAAGACCCGGAGACCCGAGACCUCUUCAUCGACCAUCUUCGCGACCUCAGAGAAAUUUGUGACCAGUACUUGCUGGCUCUGGAAGAUCUCCUUCCGAAGAUGCCCUACGGUCUUCGUUUCCUUUGCCGCCAACUAUUUGAGGCCCUUUGCCAACAGUUCAAGAAGGAACCGCAACACCACCUCCUCCAGAUGGUCACGAAUUGGCUCUGGCGCUUCUACAUGCAACCCGCUGUCAUUGCUCCCGAGAACGUGGGAGUCAUCGAGAAGCAGCUGAGCCCCCUCCAGAAGCGUAACCUGGGUGAGGUUGCAAAGGUGCUUGGCCAGAUCGCGUCGGGCAGACCUUUUGGCGGAGAAAACAUCUAUCUCCAACCGCUGAAUGCAUUCGUGGGCGAAUCUACGGAGCGACUUGCUCAGAUUACUCACGAGCUCAUCUCGGUUCCAGAUGCCGAACGCAACUUCGACAUUGACGAGUUCAACGACCUGUACUCCAAGAACAAGCCGACCCUGUACAUCAAGAUGACGGACAUCUUUGCCAUCCACAACCUGAUUGCUGGUGAUCUCCCUACAAUAUGCCCCAACCGGGAUGAUGUUCUCCGCGAAAUCCUGCAAGAUCUAGGUAGCGCCAAGAACAACGAGAACGAGAUGCUUGCUGCGGGGUCCUCCGACAUCCAAAUGUAUCUCACGCCAAAGCUUCACGACAUCGACGACCCUGAGGCAGAGGUUAAGGCCCUCUUUAUGGAGACGAAGCGAUGCAUCCUAUACAUUAUUCGCGUACAGACUGGCGCCAACCUCUUGGAGAUCCUUGUCAAGCCCGUCAACCCCGAUGAUGAACACAAGUGGCGGUCAGUCCUGCACGACGACUUCGCGAAGGACGCCAACACGAGAGGCGCAUACUCGGACGCCCACAUGGUGGACGUGACGCGGAUGUCAUACUACGACCUGAAGCGGACAGCUCUCGAGAACAUCUUGCGACUGGAGCACAUGGGCAGAAUCUCCAAGCACAACUAUUACCAGGACAUUCUCAACGCCAUCGCCCUCGACAUCAGAACCAAGAGCCGAAGACGCGUGCAACGGCAGCGUGAACUGGAGGGUGUCCGGUCAACUCUUGCCAACUUGCACGAUAAGGCCAAAUACCUUGAGCAGCAGCGCAAGAGUUAUGACGACUACAUUGAGUCAGCCAUGGCGACGCUACAAAAGAACAAAGGAAAGAAACGGUUCCUGCUUCCGUUCACCAAACAGUACAACCACCAGCGCGAACUGGAACGUAGCGGGCGGGUCCCCAAGUUUGGCAGUUACAAAUAUAGCGCUCGGGCUCUCGCAGAGAAAGGCGUGCUCGUGGGGUGGAGUGGCGUCACCGACUGGGAGAGGGUCAACCUCACCAUCUCUUGCGACGAGGUGGGCGUCUUCUCCCUCGAGGGGUCCCGCGGUCACAUCCAGAUGCCGGGAGCGAGCGCCCUCGUACCGAUUGAGGAUCUGCUGCAGGCUCAGUUCGAGGCCCAUCAAUUCAUGAACCUUUUCGAAGGGAACCUCAAGCUGAACGUCAACUUGCUUCUGCAUCUUCUGUACAAGAAGUUUUACCGCACGCAGUAA